UUAAUUUUCUUUUCCUUUCCUCUGGUAACUUCGGCCUUUCCUCUCCCUCUGGAGAUAGCGCAGAGCGGCGGCGGCAGCGGCCGCGAGCUCCUCGGGAGCGGCAACGACCUCCCCCGAGCGAGCACGCGGCGGCAGCGGCUGGGCGGAGCGGUGCGGCUUGGCGGGACGGUGGCAGCACGGCGAGGUAGAGUGAGAGCGGAGCUGAGCAGCGCGGCGGGCCGGCGGCGGGAAGGCAUGGCACGGCGGCGGGCUCCCCAGGGCGAGCUCCGCUGGCGGCGCUGCGGCGGCAGGGACCUCCCCCGGGCGCUCGUCCUCGGUGGCGGCGAGCUCCCCGAGGUAGCAGCGUUUUCUUUCAUUUGUUUUCAUUUUUUUUAUUUCUUGGAUGCAGAAGUUUUUUACAAAACUUUUUUUCCCAAACUUUUUUUAUUUUGGAUGCAAAAGUUUUUUCUUCAAUUUUUUUCAAUUUUUUUCUCAAAAUUUCUCUUUCAAACGUAUUCUCAUCAAAAUUUUCGUUCUCGCCAAAUAUUUCCUUGAAAAAUUUCUCCGCAAAGUCUUUGUCAGAAAAGGAUAAAAAAUACUAGAAAAGGGGAAAAAAGACGGUCGGAAGAUCGACGGUAUACGGUCGACCGUAAAUUAACUAGGCCCAGUUGCCAGCGACCUUUGGUCGUCAUUCCAUCUGUGCAUGCACGUCGUCGGCUCAUUGAAGGCAGGAGGUGUCGACGAUGAUUCUUCAAGACGGAUCGGAUAUACUCCCUUCCGUUCCAAAGAAACGGAUGAUUUGAUUUUUGCUGUGACUGGUUCGGGACCUCUAACAGCUCCAGACAAGAAGGAAGGUUCCCCAGGAGAAAGUUGUAAUCUUUUCCAUGGCGAGUGGGUUCCUCAUUCAUCAGGGCCAGCUUAUACCAAUGCAAGCUGCCGCUUCAUUGAGUCUCCUCAGAACUGUAUGACAAAUGGAAGACCUGACACUGCUUAUCUCUAUUGGAGAUGGAAGCCAUAUGGUUGUGACAUACCUUCGUUUGACGGCAAGAAGUUUUUGGAUGGCAUGCGGGGCAAGCAUUGGGCACUUAUUGGUGAUUCGAUCCUUCGCAAUCACGUCCAAUCAUUGCUUUGUCUUGUUUCUGAGGUCGAAGAUGCUACUGAGGUCUACCAUGACAGUACAUUCAAAUCCAGAAGAUGGCACUUCCCCUCAUACAACUUCACGGUAUCUCUUAUCUGGGCACCGUUCCUUGUCAAAGCCAAAAUAUUUGAGGAUGACGAUGGAGUUUCAACUGCUGAUCUCCAGCUGCACCUUGAUAUUCUUGAGACAAACUGGACUAGUCAGUGGGAGAGCUUUGACUACGUCGUGAUAUCCACAGGCCAGUGGUUCUUCAAAACUGCAGUCUACUGGGAGAAUGGAGCUGAGAUCGGCUGCCACUCCUGCCAGAACAAAAACCUGAAAGAGUUGGCCCCAGAGUACUCCUUCCGCAAGGCACUCAGCGCAGCCUUCCUGUUCAUCAUAUCCUCGCCUCACAAGCCAGUGGUCUUCUACAGGACAUGGGCGCCUUCACAUUUCGAGAAUGGCGAGUGGUUCAGUGGUGGGACUUGCAACAGGACGUCGCCAUUCAAGCCAGGGGAGGCCGGUGACAGGGGAUCGGACAAUAAGAUGUGGAGGAUCGAGAGAGAAGAGUUUGACAAGGCGGUGGCGAACAAAGGGCCUAACGGCAGUGCUGACCGUCUGAAACUGCUCGACACAUUUGAGCUCUCACUGCUGCGGCCUGAUGGGCACUCGGGGCCUUACAGAACAUACCAUCCUUAUGAGAAGGGGAUGACUGCCAAAGUCCAAAAUGACUGUCUGCACUGGUGCUUGCCCGGCCCUAUCGAUGCGUGGAACGACAUCAUCAUGCAGAUGCUGGCGAAGGACUGAAACUUCCUCAGUUGGUACCAAACCGUGCCAUCUGAUUUCGACACUGAUGUCGGUUCAAGCUGCCUCGUUGUCAUACAUAUGUGCUCUGCUGCUCAAAUUCGCAAUUUCCAGGAGCCUAUGCAGCAUCGUGGUUCUUGAAGCAAUCUACCACCGCAGAGGGUUUAUUAGCUGUUAGGGUGUGUUGGAAAAGAGGUUAUAGCAUGCCAAAGUGCUUACUUCUUGAUGACUGUUGGUCGUAAUAUUAUACCAUGAUAGACUGGAAAAGGUGCGCCUAUUGUCUAUAGCGCGUGAUAUUCUGUAGCCAAUGUAUGCAUCUAAAACUUUAGUCUUCAAAGGCAUAUACAGUGGUGAACUGAA